UGAGGCUGGGCCGGGCGAGGCGGUUGGGCCGGGCGGAAGGAAGGAAGGAGGGACGGGCUGCAGGGACCAUGGCGCUGCUCCCCCCGCGCACCCCCCUGCCGCCCACCCCGGCCCGCAGGGGGCGCUCCAGGCCUCGGCCCGGCGCCAGCUGCAGCCGCCUCCGACAAAUCCAGGGCAUUCUGAUGCAGAGCAGCAAAUCCCAACCAGAUGGAAUACUGUGCAUUUUAGGAAUUGAUAGCCGAUACAAUGAAGGCUGCCGGGAACUGGCAAACUAUCUUCUCUUUGGCUUGUAUAACCAGAACAACAACGAGUUUGAAAAGUCAGGGUUUCCUGAAGAAGUCUUGGAUGAUGUGAUCCUAUUAAUAAAGCCAGAUAGCGUCCAUCUGUACUGCAACCCUGUCAACUACAACUACCUUUUGCCCUAUGUAGCAUUUUGGAGAAACUUGCACUUCCAUUGCCUAACUGAAAACGAGUAUGAAGAUGAAGAAGCCGCAGAGGAAUUCAAAAUCUCCAGCUUUGUGGACAUGGUUCGGGACUGCAGUCGAAUCGGCAUCCCAUUCAGCUCACAAGGACACCUGCAGAUUUUUGACAUGUUCCUUGUUGAGAAGUGGCCAAUCGUGCAGGCCUUUGCGUUGGAAGGAAUUGGUGGUGAUGGCUUCUUUACAAUGAAGUACGAGUUAAUGGAUGUCAGUGUGGAUCUGUGGAAAACUUACAGCAAAAUGGAUCCUGUUUCCUUGGAGAGUUUACUUUAUGAGGACUUGAUGACUUUUGAACAUCAGUGGACCAAUUUUUUUGCCAAUUUUGAUACUGAAAUCCCUUUCAUUUUGGAGCUGUCGGAGUCCCAAGCAGGAGAGCCAUUCCGAAGUUACUUCAGUCACGGAAUGAUUUCGAGCCAUAUCACAGAUAACAGCCCCAGCAGGCAGCCGUUUGUGCUCUUCGGCACCCAUUCAUCGAAGGAGAAUCUGAACGCUGGCAACUUCAAUUUCCCAUCGGAGGGGCAUCUGGUUCGCAACACGGGCCCCGGCGGGAGCACUGCCAAGCACAUGGUCGUGCAGUGCGUCUCUCCAAAGGGACCGUUGGCUUGUUCAAGGACGUAUUUCUUUGGAGCUACUCACACUCCUUACCUAGGCAAAGAUAAUGAGAUGGAGAAGAAAGCUGACCAAGUUAAGCUGCUGUCCCAAAUUUACGCUGCUGUCGUGGAGGCAGUCCUUGCUGCUAUAGAUUCCUAUUCUAAAACAUCCAGUACCACCAAGGCGAAGGAAGUCGCAGAGCAAACCUUCUCCAAUAUGCUUGACGUCUUUGAACUGGCAUACUUUAAAGCUCCACUACGCUCCAAAACAGAUUUUCAGAUUCAAGCUGUGAACAACCAUGGAAGGAUUAUCCCUCUGGAUAGCGAGGAUAGCCCGUCCUUAAUGAAAACUGUGACCCUGGUGGUAUAUGACAUCCCAGACUUACUCGCCGGACGGGGUUGCCUCGGGUCGGUCAUCUUCUCAGAGUCUUUCCUGGCCUCGCAGAUCCUUGUAAAAGAAAAAGAUGGCAGCAUCAGCACAGAAACCAACUGCAUCAUUCCCACUGCAGCUAUCCCCAGAUCGGUUUCUUGGCUGGUGGAAGACAAUGAAGUGAAGUUGUCGGAGAAGGCGCAGCAGUUGGCAAAGGAAGAAGAGUCGUUCCUGGGUACUUACCUGGCGGGAGGUGAUGGGGCUUAUAUUUCUGCUAGCAAUUCGCUGUGUAGACCAGAAGAAGGCAAACUCUGUUUCUUCUCUGACGGCCUUCUAUUUUGCCAUCCUCACUACGGAAGCAUAACCAUUUCAAAGAUCCACAUGACGUCCAUCAAGUUCUACGAUGGAGACUCCACCAGCAUUGUCGCAGCCCUCAUCAUAGGCUACAAAGACUCCCUUCUUGCUCACCUGCCGAUCCAGUUCCACACUCCAAGCAAGUCUCUGUUGAUUGCGCUUUUCCCCAAAUCAAAACUUUAUAAAGCUUUCUACUCGCAGGUUUUCUCUGUCUGGCAGCCACGGGGGAACUCAGAAGUAUCUUUAAAGAUGACGCAAGAAGAUCACCUGCCUGCAGAACAAGAGCAGUUACACUGUCACAUGCAGAAGCUCUUUAAUAUCUCAUCCUGUCCGGCUGGGGAAAGAUGGAGCCACCUAAGAGUAUCUACAAGCCUCCCGGACCUGGACAGCUUUCUACACCACUUCACAGUGAGCAGCAUAAGCCCCGAGCCUGUGACGAGGUCCCAUCUGCCUAUGUUGCUGCAACAGUCGGAAGCUAUUCCUGGUAACCAGGCAGAGAAUGAUAAGGCUGUGAUCACCAUCUUAACGGGCCUUCCGGGAUGUCGCUCCAGUGACCUCUGCUCUUUCCUGGUUACUUUUAACAAAGAAUAUGGAAGGUGGCUUGUUUACCGUCAAACCAUGGAUAGCCCUGAAUGUUUCAGCGCAGCCCAUUUCCAGAAGUACCUGACGAGCGUCCUAGAAUCUCAGCGCAACCGAAGUGCUCGCCUCUCCGCUUACAGUAGGAAGAAGUUGAGGCUACUGGUGGUGCUGCAAGGCUACACAGACGUGAUUGACGUUGUACAGGCCCUGCAGACUCACCCGGAUGCGGACGUCAAGGCCUCCUUUGUCAUUGGGGCCAUCACCGCUUGCGUGGACCCUCUCAGUUGCUACAUGGAGCACAGGUUUCUUUUCCCCAAGUUUCUGGACCAGUGUUCACAAGGUUUGGUGAGCAACGUGGUCUUCACAAACCAUACGGCUGAGCAGAAAAAUCAUCUCCUGGUCCAGCUCCAGCACCUGAUCCGAGCAGCGAACCCCGCCGUCUCGUUUAUCCUGGCAGAAAACGGGGUUGUAACGAGGAAUGAGGAUAUCGAACUAAUUCUCUCUGAAACCAGUUUUUCAAGCCCGCAGAUGCUGACAGCUCGCUAUUUAACGUACCCUGGCUGGUACGAUGGCAAAUUUCGAUCAGGUUCCGUCUUUCCCCCGAUGGUUCAGAUCUGCGUGUGGUUUAGCCGUCCGCUGGAAAAAACGCGAUUUGUGGCCAAGUGCAAAGCGUUGAAAUCCUUCAUUAAGCCAGGUCCUUUCUCUGGGAACAUAUACCACAUUUUGGGCAAAGUGAAGUUUUCAGAUUCGGAUCGGAUGAUAGAAGUCUGCCACAACACUACCUCCAACUCGUUAAGCUUGGUGCCCGUUCAGGAGGGGCCGACUCCCCCUCCUGAUUCGAGAAGCGAGAGCCGAGACCACGUCGGGCCCCAGGAGUGCUUCCUGGUCUUCGUGGGCUGCUCCCUCAAAGAAGACAACAUCAAAGACUGGCUGAGGCAAACAGCAAAGCAGAAGCCGCAGAGAAAAGCUCUGAAAACCCGGGGCAUGUUGACCUUGCAGGAGAUCAAGAGCAUUCAUGUGAAACGCCACUUGGAUCCACUUCCAGCUGGUUACUUCUACAACGGGACUCAGUUUGUGAAUUUCUUUGGGGACAAGAUGGAUUAUCACCCAUUGAUGGACCAGUUCAUGAACGACUACUUGGAGGAAGCGAACCGUGAGAUCGAGAAGUACAACAGGGAGCUGGAAGAACUGGAGUAUCAUGACCUCUUUGAGCAAAAGACCUAAAUGAGACACCCAUCAAUGAGUGCUGAGUGACGCAGAGCAUCCAGCUACCGCGCCUCUGAAGCCAGGACAGUUGCUGAUGUUAGUAUUACAUUGUAUCUCUUAUUAAGAUAAAAAUGUAUCUUUUUCUGGCACAAGUAUGUGGCUGUAAUUCCAAGCAGGUUCGAAAAGCAGAAAGUCUUUUCGUCAAUAUAAUGUGCAUCUCCUGCUUAGCACCGUUGGCUGUUCUAGUCCUGAGGCUAAUAGCUCCAGCUUAGAAUAUUAGUUGGUGCCGUUUAAGAUUGGAAUAGUUGAAAUGGUUGUGUAGCCAGCCCUCUUCCCGCUUGCAGGUGUUUUAUGUUGCUGUUGCACUCCAUAGGACGUCGAUGGGAUUUAAAGUGAUUUCCUUAAAACGGAAAGCCGAGAGUUAGUCAUUAAAUAUAUUCUAAGCUUUCUGUGGGGUAGUCAUAAUGCCCAUAUUACAGGUAACAGAACGUCCUUGUAAGGACUGUGGAUUAUCUAUGCAUGACUGUACCUUAGUUCUUCUUAAAAUAUACUAAUAGUGCCUGGUAGAAUAAAUGUAGCUAGCAAUUAAUUUCAAAGGAGCAGUCGGGGUGUGAAGGCUAAGCCGGUUUGGCUGUUAAAAUGUGAAAAUUCAAGGUGUACUUUUCAGAUGGCGCGAUCUUAGGGCAGGUCCUGCCACAGGCAUGUGGCAAUCUCUUCUGUGUGUUCUGAAACACCCCAGACACUCAUCGACAUAUGUGAUCAAUUUCUUGAGGGGUUCUCCUGUGGACACCAUAUUCCUGAGAGCUGGUGCUCAGGUUGGGGGCGAGGCAGGGGGCAGUAUUGUCCUGGGUGGCCGUGGUCUUGCCAGAGACGGAGCCUCAGGUUAACCCUACACAGGGCUGGUCCCUUGGUUUCAAUAGAUGGCCGCUUCUGCACAUGCAUUCCACUACGUGACUGAGCUUCCAUUGGCACAAGUAAUAAAGCAUGACAGCUAAGAAAGAUCCAUCGGUUGGAUUCGGUGGUCCUUUUCCACUAGGAGUGGCACAAGGAGCUGCCUCCUGACGUAAGAGCUGGAAGAAAGUGCGUGAGUUCUCACCCCCUAGGUGCAUCAGAGGUGCCAGUAUAUUCCCCCAUUGACAGCAGCCUCGCCUUGCUUGGCAAAAGGAGGACAUUUGUUGCUCUGCUCCUUGGAUGUGGCAGGUAGGCCUUCUUUCUUAGUCCUGUCAUCACUUAAAAUGGCCAGCGUUUCUGAAAGUUUUCGGGCAGCAACUCCUGAAUUCCAAUAGCAAGGAUCACAUGAGGCUGAUUUCUUUUGGCACUUCAGCUCUAGACGUUUCUCCUGCAAGCUCCCUAGAACUUGCUUGCAGGAAAAAUGAUCGUGUGCAGGCCAACGGUGUUUUCGCCGACGCUUCCAGGCAGCACAAAGCGCUCGGCAUAUGGCAAGGGGUUCUCAGAAUACCCCAAACCCAGCCCGUUCGUGAUCACAGAGGCUGCCCUAAAACUAUGACAUCUGAAGGUAUCCAAAAGGGUUACAUAAAAGGCUGUGGGCAUAAUCCAUAGGAAGUAUUGUCGAAGGCUUUCACGGCCGGAGAACGAUGGUUGUUGUGGGUUUUCCGGGCUGUAUUGCCGUGGUCUUGGCAUUGUAG